AUGGAGAUGCCCGAGAAUUUUCCACCUGGCUUCGUCCUAGGCAGAGUUGCUGAACAGCUCAAUCAGGAUCACAGUGAUCUUCGUAUAGGUCUUUCUACCAACUUGGUCACCUAUGGUGAAGCUUUGACGGCAAGUCUAAACUGCGUAGGCGACAUCCCUGGUCAUGUCCAAUUACCAACGACGAAUCCAGUCCGUCGAGCACACCUACGUAAGAUGGCACUUGAAAAUAUCGGAUCGCUUAACAGUCCUACCGCUUCAACAUCACCCGGUGUAAUUCGCACCCAGGGAAAACUAGAUAUGGAAGAUUUUCCGCGACCACUUUCCCCAAAUCGCCGUGCUUUGCUGAAGAAGAAAUUCCAAAAUGAAAACAUUCCGCCGUAUCGGGAUCCUUACAUCCUCAGGCUCCUCUCUUUAGAAGAAAAGUUGGCCGCUAUUGUUGGCAACGUCACGGUAUCCGCUAUAGAUUGGGACACCAGCAUGCCAACAUGGAAACUUCCGGAAAUGGAAAUUCUCUGGGACACAGGCGCUCAGCAUACCAUUAUCACAACCGAUAUCCUCGGCGAAGACUUUUCAGCACACCUAUCCGACCCUGUCCACGAUUUAUACCGAAGGGGGACGGAACGCGUAUUCUGGUUUCUGGCUGUGGAUCGACAAGCCGUGCCAAAUAUGCGGUCGGGUAUCAUCCUUGGACAGAUGGGAUGUAUUGAUUCGAUGCAAUACCGGUCUGUUCCACGAUCGACAAUUCUAGCCAAAGGGGGACACAUUGAUGAAAAGUACUGGGGAGAGAUCGUUCUAGAAAGCUACGUUGAUGUUGACGGGACUUUGCAUGAGAUUGUCCCCACAUAG